GACAGUACAAAUAUAUCUGUUUUCCUUUGAGAGGCUGAGAAACCUUCCUUCCAUAAAACAGAUACAAAAUAUUUGCUUAUAUGAAAUGGCAAUGAUGAUCAUCUCCUACUUCUUCUUGUUUGUGGUAAUUUUCAUCUUACCCGCCCACGUACAAGGCCGAAAUGAGUGUGCUGAUUCAUUACAGUGUGCAAGCCACGGCCCAGCCGUCCGAUCUCCUUUCCGACUUAAAGACCGACACCCAGACCACUGUGACUGUCGGCGUGGGUUUCUUCUGUCCUGCACUGAUAAAAACCAAACGGUGCUCCACCUACCGGAUUCAGUAGAACUGUUUGUCGAAAACAUUGACUACAAAUCUCCGAGAAUCCAAUUGUAUCAUCCACACCGUUGCUUUCUAAGAGAUAUUCCGCAUCUCAAUUUAUCUUCCUCGCCUUUCCAGUUCACACCAGAUUACCCUUUAGUUGACUAUGCCUUUUUCAAUUGUUCCCGUAAAGAAACGACACAGGAUGAAUACAGUAAUACCCGGAUUUCUUGUCUUAGUGGCCCUAACCACCAAGUUCAUGCCUUGGCUUAUGAAGAGUCCAUCACCCGCUUUCCCUUACCCCCUUGUAGAAGGAUUUAUGACGUUAGAUCGAUUCCACCUGUUUUGGUAUACAACGAUGAUCCAACUAUUUACAUGAAUUGGUCCAGAACACCAGAUGAAGCGAAAGGUACGCCAUCAACAAAACUAGUCACCGCUGGUGCCGUCUUAGGUUCCUUUCUUGUACUAUUGGUGGUCUUUGCUCUCCAACGUCUCUAUAUUAAUGAUGUGGUAGAAAAAGAAUAUCGGGCAAAGAUUGAAAAGUUCCUGGAGGAUUAUAGAAAUUUCAAGCCGACGAGAUACUCGUAUGCUGAUAUUAAAAAGAUUACAAAUCAGUUUGCAGAGAAGUUGGGCCAAGGAGCAUACGGUACAGUAUUCAAAGGAAAACUUUCCAAUCAAAUUCAUGUUGCCGUGAAGAUCCUGAACAACAGUUCCAAGGAAAAUGGUGAAGAAUUCAUAAAUGAAGUGGGAAUAAUGGGUAGAAUUCACCAUGUUAAUGUGGUUCGCCUUGUUGGCUUUUGUGCUGAUGGAUUUCGGCGAGCACUAGUUUAUGAGUUUUUAUCAAAUUACUCACUAGAGAAGUUCAUAUUUUCAGCAAAUGUCAAGAACCGUUUUCUUGGAUGGGACAAGUUGCAAGAUAUUGCCAUCGGUGUUGCAAAAGGAAUUGAAUAUCUUCACCAAGGAUGUGACCACCAAAUCCUCCAUUUUGACAUCAAACCCCACAAUGUUUUGCUUGACGAUAACUUUAAUCCAAAAAUUUCUGAUUUUGGUCUUGCAAAAUUGUGUUCCAAGGAUCAGAGUGUAGUAUCUAUGACUACGGGCAGAGGGACCAUGGGGUAUAUUGCACCUGAAGUGUUCUCUAGAAACUUUGGGAAUGUGUCUUAUAAAGCAGAUGUUUAUAGUUUUGGAAUGUUGCUACUUGAAAUUGUUGGAGGGAAGAGAAAUGUUGAUGUCACAGUGGAAAGCACUAGCAAGGUCUACUUUCCAGAAUGGAUUUAUAAUCUUUUAGAACAAAAAGAAGAGUUAAGAGUCUUUAUCGAAGAUGAUGGAUAUACUAAAAUUGUAGAGAAACUUGCAAUUGUCGGACUAUGGUGCAUACAAUGGCACCCAAUGGAUCGCCCUUCCAUGAAACUUGUAGUUCAAAUGUUGGAAGGAGAAGAAGAUAAAUUAAUCAUGCCUCCUAAUCCUUUUGCCUCCUCAGGCCCUACUAAAGUUCAAGCACGGAAACCUACCACGCGUUUAGGUCAAGAUUUGGAGGUUAUCCCCGAAUCAGAUUAAGUAUAAUUGUUUAUAUUUUGUUUUGAAAUCUUGUUGUAGUUGAGCAUUAUUGCUUUUGAUUUUGCAAUCGUAAAGGAAUUCAAGGUUGUUUCUUUUCUAUGAACUUGAUAUGAUCAUAUUUGUUUCAGAUAAAAUCUAGUAGUUUGGAAGGGACUAA